AUCGCGCGUGCACAAGUCACGGCGAGCAACAUGCGUUUCCCGCUUAUGCGAGAGGAAAUGGCCGCUUGGUUUCGUCAAAGCCGGUGCGAAUUUGAAGUUGAGUUUGAACAAGUAAAGACAGAGUUCCUUCGCUUAUGCGAGAGGAAAUGGCCGCUUGGUUUCGUCAAAGCCGGUGCGAAUUUGAAGUUGAGUUUGAACAAGUAAAGACAGAGUUCCUUUUUUCAUUUCGAAAUUGCAUCAGAUUUCAUUUUUCAGCUCUGAAUUGAAUUGAGUGAUGGAAGCAACCUCCUCAAUCUUGUUGCCUGCUCAAACAUACGCAGCUGCUGCUUUAUUUGCAAUCGCACUGCAUCAGUCACAAAUUCACCAAGGUCUGACUCCGGCUUCUCCUCGCGCCGGCGGCGGUGAUGCUCCGACUCCGAGCAUCGUUGAUGCCUCUUCUGUUUCAGAUAAUCCUGAGCUUUGGAUUAACGAGAAUUCUGGUUUGCUUUGGCCUAUUUUUAGGUUCCUCGGAGUGGAUGAAAAAGCAUGGCAUGGCCUAAAAGAAACUGCUGGUUCUUCUUCCCAAUCCAGACAUCACUUGAGAGAUUUCUUUAAAUUACUGUCAGAGGAAGGUGAUGCAAUUUCUACAGAAAGAUUGGAUAAAGAAGCUGCAUUGGCCAACGCCAUUGAUGCAACAGAGGCAGGCAUGAAAAAAACUGCUGAUUCUUCAUGCGGAGGCCAUGAGCAGAAAACUAGAAGCAAAGAUGAUUUUUGUGACAUCGAGUUAAAAUCAUCUGCUGUGGAGACCGAGCCUCACGAUGAAAUCAAGGAGAGCUCAGCUUUGCUGCCUCUAGAGAAACAAUCUUCCACUGCACAUGACAAUGAAAAGCCUUUGGAGGAGGCAGCACUCAUCAGUUACCAGAGAAAAGUGACUGUUCUUUACACUCUUCUUUCUGCUUGUGUAGCAGAUACUGCUGAGGUUGACAGCAAGUCAAGGCAGGGCUAUGACGCUCGUCACCGCGUCUCUCUGCGGUUGCUUGCUGUAUGGCUUGGUAUCAAAUGGAAUGAAAUGGAAGCAAUGGAAUCUAUGGUUGCUUUUUCUUUAAUGGAUUCUGUGAGUAAAGCAGGUGCGAAGGAAGGAGAAUCUGUAGUUUCAGAAACCAACUGGGAUAAAUGGAAGCGUGGAGGUAUUGUAGGAGCAGCUGCUGUAACUGGAGGAACCUUAAUGGCUAUAACUGGUGGCUUGGCUGCCCCAGCAAUUGCCCAAGGAUUGGGUGCAUUAGCUCCUGCAUUGGGCAGUAUUGUUCCUGCCAUUGGUGGUGGAUUUGCUGCAGCAGCAACUGCUACAGGAUCAGCUGCUGGAUCAGUAGCGGUUGUUGCAUCAUUUGGAGCUGCUGGAGCUAGCCUUACUGGGAGUAAGAUGGCUACAAGAAUUGGAAGUCUUGAAGAAUUUGAGUUGUUAGAAGUUGGAGGAACCCAUCAAGGUCACCUAGCAGUUAGAAUCUCUAUUUCUGGGCUUGCAUUUGAGGAGAAAGAUUUUAUAAAACCUUGGGAAGGUCACAACGAUAACAUGGAGAGGUAUGUGCUCAAAUAUGAGUCUAAAAAUUUGAUUGCUCUGAGCACUGCCAUCCAGGACUGGCUAACUUCAAAAAUUAUGGUUGAGUUGAUGAAAGGAGGUGCCAUGCUGACAGUAUUAAACACACUCGUGGCAGCACUAGCAUGGCCAGCAACUUUACUCACUACAUUUGAUCUUAUAGACAGCAAAUGGGCAGUUGCAGUGGACAGAUCAGAAAAGGCUGGUAAGGUACUUGCUGAGGUGUUGCUGAAAGGCUUGCAAGGGAACAGGCCUGUGACACUGGUAGGUUUUUCAUUGGGAGCCCGUGUCAUUUUCAAGUGUCUCCAAUGUUUGGCUGAAUCCAAAGGAGACAAUGCUGGACUAGUGGAAAGGGUUGUUCUCCUCGGAGCACCCAUCUCAAUUAAAGAUGAAAAUUGGGAGGUAGCUAGAAAGAUGGUGGCUGGAAGGUUUGUAAAUGUUUACUCUACAAAUGACUGGACACUUGGUAUAACUUUCCGCGCCAGUUUACUUUCUCAAGGUUUAGCUGGAAUCCAACCUGUUGACCUUCCUGGGGUUGAGAAUGUUGAUGUGACACAUAUUAUAGAAGGCCAUUCUUCAUACCUGUGGAUGGCACCAAAAAUACUGGAGCAGCUUGAAUUGGACCAGUAUUUUGCUGUUUACAGAAGUGAACACGAAAACCCCCAAGAAGAGAAGAGUACCGUGAACUAGCUUUAUUUUCUAUCCCUUUCUUCUCAUUGUUCCACUCUAACCCCUAUAUUUUUUUUCUGAGAAUUAACAUCAAGCGAUAGGUAUAGGUAAAUAAAACUUAAAAAUGGUUGUUUAAGUUAGAAUAAUUGUUGGCGGAGGUUUGUGUUUAUGUUUCUUCCUACAUAGUGCGAUGAGAAGGAAGAGGCAAACCUGACAUGGAAACCUGGAAAAUAUGAUCUGUUAAGAUGAUUAGUGGUAAUUAUACGUUCACCAGUCAAUAAGCGCCUCUGGAUGUAAAUGUUAGUCAGUUGGAGUGGCUGUUCUAUCUUUAGAAUGAUAAAACUAUAAUGCCUCGCCAGCAAUCGGAAUUACGAAAAAGUGUCUCAAGGGAAGCUGGACAUCAUUCUGUUGGACUAUUUGAUUAAUCAGGGCCCAUGUGCCCUAUGUAUUAGAGGGGAAAAAAAUGUUCAUAACGUUGUUCUUUUUUUUUUUAAGUUUAUAUCAACCAUCAUUUCUCUAUGAUGAAGUUUGUAGCAUUUUUUUAUCUGUCAAUUGUACCCGCACAAUGAGACUAGUACGAUUCUUUAUUUGCAUAAAAUUAGAAAAUAAUUGAUGAUAUUUGAUAU